UAAUUCAGGACUGGAUGCAUGCACGAUCUGGUUUUUAACAGGGAUAGCGCAUUACCAUGCACACUACUCCCUGCAGGCUCAGCAGAGAAUAGCGACAGCAGCAGCUCUCCCGCUCUCUCUCCCGCUCUCUCCACCUCUACCAGACAAGACUCCUCCUCUCCAUCUCUCUGUGACUCCCUCUCUCUCUUGCAUAUGAUCUGUACUUCACUUCCUCCCAGCUGAAGCAGGAGAUAACAGCACGCUACAUACAGUGAGCACAAAAGAAGAACCGGAGAAGAAAAGGAAGAGACGGCUGUGCUUUCGGUAGAUUAGAAGAACGCUGCUCCUUGUGACUUCAGUGAGAGAGAGAGUCUGAGGCCAGCUUCAGCAGCAAGCUACCUUGAGUUAAAGCUUCUGCCUGGCUGCCACAUCCAGCGAUGAGUCGAAGGGAGGCUCUGGUGGGGAACCCUGCGCCUAGUGCGGCGCCUGAGGUAUCGGGCAACAGCACAGAGGCAGCAGGACCCGGUCCCCGCGAGACCAAAGAUGAGAUGUUCUCCAAAGUCAAAGACAAGUUCAUGAAUGAACUGCACAAAAUCCCACUGCCAUCAUGGGCCAUCGUCGCCAUUGCGUUUGUUGCUGUCGUACUAGUCGUUUCCUGCUGCUUCUGCAUCUGCAAAAAGUGGAUAUUCAAGAAGAAGAACAAGAAAAAGGGCAAAGACAAGGGCAAGAAUGCCAUCAACAUGAAGGACGUCAAGGACGGUAUCAAAACCGAGGCCUUGAAGGAUGAGGAUGAUGCGGAAACAGGGCUGACGGAUACAGAGAAAGAGGUGGAGCCUAAGGAAGAAGAGAAACUUGGCAAAUUACAGUACUCCUUGGAUUACAAUUUCACAGAGAAUACGCUCAUAGUGGGGAUCAUCCAAGCAGCAGAGCUGCCCGCUAUGGAUAUGGGUGGCACUUCUGACCCCUAUGUGAAGGUCUACCUUCUUCCAGACAAGAAGAAGAAAUUUGAGACCAAGGUCCACCGGAAGACACUGAAUCCUGUUUUCAAUGAGCAAUUCACCUUUAAGGUUCCCUACACUGAGCUCGGCGGGAAAACUCUGGUGAUGACAGUGUAUGACUUUGACCGCUUCUCCAAACACGACGCCAUUGGAGACGUGAAGGUUCCCAUGAAUAAGGUCGACUUUAGUCAUGUGACUGAGGAGUGGAGGGACCUCCAGAGUGCUGAGAAAGAAGAGCAAGAGAAGCUGGGUGACAUCUGUUUCUCUCUGCGGUAUGUGCCCACUGCUGGCAAACUGACCGUGGUCAUUCUGGAGGCCAAGAACCUGAAGAAGAUGGAUGUCGGUGGCCUGUCAGAUCCCUACGUGAAGAUUCACCUGAUGCAGAACGGCAAGCGGCUGAAGAAGAAGAAGACGACAAUCAAAAAGAACACCCUCAACCCUUACUACAAUGAGUCUUUCAGCUUCGAAGUGCCAUUCGAACAAAUCCAGAAAGUUCAAGUUGUUAUAACUGUUCUGGACUAUGACAAGAUUGGCAAGAACGAUGCCAUCGGCAAAGUGUUUGUGGGCUUGAACAGCACAGGCACCGAGCUCCGUCACUGGUCAGAUAUGCUGGCCAACCCGAGGAGACCCAUCGCUCAGUGGCACGUGCUCAAGCCGGAGGAGGAAGUGGAUGCCCUGCUGGCGGCUCAGAAAAAAUAGAGCGGCCCGAGCCCAAACCCCCCUUCCCCCUCCCCACGAACCCGCCCGUGUAGUGCUCUUUACCCAGUGCGUGUAAAUACCUCAGUGAUAUAAGGAUUCAUGCACCCUCACUCCUAAUUUCGCGUCUAAGAAAAAGGCCUUCUCGGACCACCCCCCACCCCCUCCUCGAGAUGUUGUGUUGUUACGUCGGGUUGGCCCCCUCGCCCCCUUCCUUCUGUCGAUAAACUUUCUCCGUCCUUUAUCGUUUGGCCUCCAUCCACGACCUUAAAAGUCCCCGACCAAAUUCCCCCUUCUUUUAAGCAAUAUGAUCUGUAUAGAUAGCGCAUGACUGGAGGAAUUUAUUGUACCACAGGUGUAUAUAUCAGUAUGCAGACGAAAAUGAUUUCUAGUUUAUGUGUUUGUAUGUUGUUACCCGUUUCCUAAUCUGUGUAUAUCUCGAUGUUUUUAAUAAGAUGUUCUAUUUUAAAUUAUGUAAAUGCUGACAUAGAAGAGCCAAUAUUAUAUAUAACGGGAUUUAAGAAUUUUACCUUAUCGCAUUCCACUAAAAUAUACUAUAUAUCUCUAUAUAAAGAAAUCCAACCUGCAAGACGCUAGUGGAGGUACACUCACUUCGUAAAGGACGGUUUGCGCUUCAUGUUUACUUCAAAAAGCAUACAAAUGUACCGUACACAAUAAACACACAAUGAACACGAAGGCCAUUAACUAAUAUGGUUUCAUGGUAUAAAUAUAAUAUAUAUGCUGCUGACAAUUAUACAAGCACAUGAUUUCGUAAGAACUUUUUGUACUAAUUUAUCAAACUGAGGACCUGUACGCUUCGCUUAAACCACGAAGGAAUUCUUCUUACUUGACGAAAACCAAUCAGCCUUUUCUUUUGGUUUCUCAUACGGUGACGCUGUUAACUUUUAGUAAAACGGGUCCCCGGUUUGCUUCUUUCUCGUUUUCUGUCCUUUCCCGAUUCCGAUUUGGCGAAACCGUAAAUUGACCAUUUGCGAGACGGUCUCAAGUGUAGCCAUUGUGUCCUUGAAGCUUGAAUUUGCGAAUCGCUUUCUUUUCUUGUCGUCGGACUCGAGGAAUUUACGGUUCAGCCUCCAAAAAAAAACAAACCAGGAGUUUUGACUCUAGCUUUAAGACAACUAUUUUUUAGAUUAAGUCAACGUCUGAAUAUUUUUGGUAACUGCAUGAUUUUUUACGAUCUUUGCUAAGGCCGGGGAACGGGGGGAUUUAUUUACACCGGGGCUUCUUUCAAAAGACGCCCUUGCCUUCAAUCAAAAGUAAUCAAACGUUGCGGGACGAAAACUCCCGACGAGGAAGAGAGGCGAGCUUUUAAACACUGCCAUUGUUUUCAGGGAGGUACGGGGAGCACUCGACUCCUCCCUCCGCGCACACGCCACUCGGUUAGCGGUCGUAGCUUCGGUUCAUCGGGGAACAAUGUAUUUUGGCCGCAACGGUGCCCUAAACAGCAGUUUUUGCUUUCUGUUGCCUUUUCACAGUGACAAUAGAGUUAGCCAUGCUUACUGCCAAACCCUUCCCCCCCGUGGCUACUGUUUUGCACUGUACGGUGUAGGAAAGGACGGUUGCUCGUCUAGAAAAGUCCGUCAGGUCUAUAGCGCCACGAGCAUUAGCGAAUCUUUAACAAUAACCGUAAAAGUUAAUGGUCUGUACAGGUGAUAACAUCCUAAUGUCCUUUACUACGGGUCUAACAAGAGGGCGAGUAGACGUUUAGUCCAUUAAAACCAUGAGUUAUCUUGGAGGAACCUCUCGCGUACACUAGAUGCUAGCUUCAGGAGGAGUUUCUAAGUGUUUUCAAUGUUACUGUGUAGGUGAUAGCACUGUUACUUAAAAACGAAAAGGAGAAAAAAAAAAGCUGUUCGUCAUUCCAUAGGAGUCCUGAGUUCGGGACCGAGUUGUGUAUCACUGUGACUGCGGUGUGUGCUUAGCGUUGUAGUUUUCAGUAGGUAGCGGCCAUCUUGUACUAUAGUGACGUCGUGCUGCCAUCCCCUCCAUCGCACCACGAGACGAGUACGAAAGAGAGAGCGGCGUUUCCGAUAACCGUUCUCGCAGGUCAGUUCACACAGCAUUUUGUUGAGCACUGUGCAAUACUUGUAUGUUCAUUCCCUGGUGUUUAAAUGGGCGGCAUGUCUCGAUAGGGGAAAAAAGAAAAGAAAUAAAACGCAACCCUAUACAAACGAGACGAUGCAUCCGUGGACCGUAGUCUGGUUAGGUCACAGCACACGUGUGUAGCUUGGAGCUCAACAUCUGUAAACUUGUUAAGGAUUCCUCCGCUUUUCCCGUUGAGUUUUCCUGCACACAGAUUUAACCAUCCAAACAUUCGGGUAAACGUAUAUAUAGCCAAUGUACCCCAAAUAUGAGAUAAUCUAUCUAUAUAUAUAUAUAUAUACAUAAAUAAAUAUAUAUAUGAAAACCCUUCCCUUUCAGAAUAGGUGUAUAUAUAUUUUUAUAUUUGUCCUGACAUCAUUUCCUCAUCACCUGGAUAUAAGAGAAUUGUAUCAAUCUCGUUAUGGAAACUAUCUGUUGUACUAUUAAUAUGAUUGGCUGUACCAUUUUGUUAUCGCUGUUAUGAUUACACUCAUGGUUAUCGUUCUUUUAGUGCCCUAUUGAAGACCAUUUUAUAUUUAUUAUGAAACUCAGAAUGUACAGUAUGGACUGUGUGUUUCGUUUCUACUUUUUAUCGUGGGACCAAGUAUAGUUGGCACUUUCAUUUCAAUGUCGCAAUAAAUAUCAAUUCACGUGUUUCCGAAUAUGAUUUCUUACCCUGUCGGAGAGAGCGAACCUAGAACUCCAAAAUGUGUAAUCGCAACUAUAGUUACAAUUAUAACUCCUACGUUACCUGACUUAUGUACUCUCGUUUAUAUGAGUAUUUAUGAUAUCUCUAGGCUUGUUUAUAAAACAAGGAUAAAAAUGCAGUUUUAGAGUCACGAGCUGAUUCCGAAAACACUCUCGGGGUGUUGUUGUACUAUCAGGUGUCUGCACGUUAGGUGUAGAACUGGACAUGCAGUAGAAGACAGCAUUGCUCGUUGCACCUCAGAGGUUUGUAAAGUAGUCUGAAAAGCCAUUUCUAGCCCUGCAAAGCAACGCUAUCUUUUACUGAAGCCUACCAAAGCACGCAAACAGCUCUGACGCACCCGACAACUUGAAAAAGAGUAACAAUGACAAAAUAAGCCCGAACGCUCAGCACAGUAGCCUACACGCGUACAACCGACACUCUACGACGACGAAAAGCCACAUUUCAAGAAAAAGCUGUGUAAAGAAUUAGAAUCUGAUGCUGUAGGGAGAUCCUAGUUGCCUUUGUGUAUAUCAACUGCCUGCUUGAGUAUUUUUGUGUGUGGAAAUUUUCUCUGUAAUCUUGUAGAACUGUUCGGGGUGUUUUUUCCUGCCAUACUGCUCGCCCCAGCGGCGAGCCGACAGUUAUAUUGCUGUGUAUACCUUCAUUUUUGAUGAGGUGUUUUACAAUUUCGUUUCACUUUGUGUAGUGAUUCACUCUGUGGAGUUUCUGACUGUUGUUAUAUAACUUCAUAUACACAAAUGUUCAAUAAAAAUGUUUUAUUUCCUGUUGAUACAGAA